GCUGCUCCAGUUAGUUAUAAACAAACAUGGACUGAGGGAAGACUUACGCUCGGUAGUGGCGGUGAAAACAUUAAUCGUCUCCUAUCAUAUGGCAGCUAAUUGGUGUUUUGCAGUUACAGUAGAGUUGUCAAAGUGCGAGGAAUAAUACAGAGACGUCACAAAGUCUAGAAUUAUUUGUCGUGCGUGGGAAUUAAGGAUAUUUUUUGCAGUGCCCUGAUUUCCCUCCCCCCAAGCUUUCCAAGUGAACCAAAAUAUCAAACAUCAAGCACGAGUCAAGGAAGAUACACAAGUGGCUUGAGCCGUGCGGAAUAUUCGCGACUCGUUUCUCCAUGCGGUGUCUUUAGUGGAAAGCGUCAAGAAGUGUGGAAAAAAGUGGAGGAAAAGUCUUGGAAGUGGAGGAGGCAGCGGCGGUGGUGGUCGCAAGCCAAGGCUCUGCGUGGUUAUUUUUGAAGUCUCCUCUUUUACUGUUUUGGCUGCCGUGAAUUUGGGAUUUGCAGUGUCUCGCCGGAGGGAACUGCCUUUGAUUUUUGUUCUUGUGUUUGUGUGAUGGUUAUCUGAUCAACCAUACUGUGAAGAAAGAGAAAAGAAAGUUUUGUUUUUUGAUUUGGAGAGAUCCGUACCUACGGUAAGGAGCUACGAUUUACAACCCCAAUAUAGUUUUAUAUUGUUGAUACAUUAUCUCUAAAGAACUAGGAGUUUAAAUUGUUUACUUUAAAAAAGAUCAGAAUUGUCAAGUGUGCACGUGAGGUCAAGAAGUGGACAAGUUCCCCUCCCCUUCCCACCCCAGCCAACGAGGGGUCAGAGGGCAGCCGAGGUCAAGGUCAGAGCCAGCGAGUGACAGCAGGCAAGUGCCCGUGGCAUUGAUGGCGGGGUAAGCGGCGACAGGGCUCGUGGCCCAUGACUUCUCUCGGCCAUCAUGACUGUUAUGUGGUGGACUCGCUUUUAGAUUUGAGCCAUGAGGAAAGGCAGUCCGGGGAGGGGGCCGGCGCGCCCCGUGUCAUGGUGUAUCGGGGUGACCAGUGGCGGCCCCCUGGCACGCCUCGACCCCAGGCCAGGGGAAGACACCAGGAUUGACACCGUGUUGGCAGGGCGCGGGCUGGCCAGGUCGACCUCGUACCAGGCGCUGCACUCAGCACUCGCCAGACUCUACCGGAUCGACGACUUCACCAUGGAGCGGAUCGGCGCAGGGUUCUUCUCCGAGGUGUUCAAGGUGAGAGACGGCGCGUUGAAUUCGUCACGGCUGUAAGUACCAAGUGGACAUUAAGUCAAUACACAAACUCGACCUUAUUGUCUGAGUGGCGCCUGCCGGUGUCGACGGCAUAGACCCCCUUGUGUAUGCGUGUAUUGUGUUCGUCACGUCCCCUCCCGUGUAUGUGUG